UGGAGACAUCUGACGGAUUGUUUACAUUCAACAGGAUGGCGGCCCGUGACACGUCCACGCUUUGUUUAUUCGAUGUAGAUGGGACACUUACAGCUCCCAGAAAGAAAAUUACCCCUGAGAUGGAAACUUUCAUGGAACAGCUGGAUAAGAAGGUGGUUGUUGGGUUAGUUGGUGGAUCGGACCUUAGUAAAAUAUCAGAACAACUGGGGAAAUCAGAGGAAGAUGUAAUCAAGAAGUUUGAAUAUGUUUUCUCUGAAAAUGGACUUGUGGCUCAUAAGAACGGGCAGCUUAUUGCAAAAGAGAGUAUACAGAAUUACAUGGGAGAGGAAAAAUUACAGAAAUUCAUCAACUAUGCACUAGGAUACAUGUCUAAAAUUGAACUUCCAGCUAAAAGGGGCACGUUUAUCGAGUUCCGCAGUGGUCUUAUCAACGUAUGUCCAGUGGGAAGAAGCUGCUCUCAGGCUGAGAGGGACCAGUUUGGGGAAUAUGAUAAGGUACACAAUAUACGAAAACAAUUUGUUGAAGAUCUUCGAAAACAGUUUCCAGAUAAUGGAUUAGUUUAUUCUAUAGGUGGUCAAAUCAGCUUUGAUGUCUUCCCAGAAGGGUGGGAUAAGAGAUACUGCCUCAACCAUAUUGCCGGGGAUAACUUUAAAGUAAUCCACUUCUUUGGAGACAAGACUAACCCAGGUGAAAAUGACUAUGAGAUUUUCAUGGAUCCUCGCACUGUAGGACAUUCAGUCAAAAGUCCAGAGGAUACAAGACAACAGCUGAUGGAACUGUUCUUUCAGGGCUAGACAUUGGUGUGAUAUUCAAAGGGAAUUGUAAACUCCAUUUACAUCUUGCAGAACAAUAUAUUGUGGGCAACUCAGGAAAAAUCUUAUUUUUGCUGCUUUAAACAAAGCUUUAUUCCUGCUAUGAUCCAAAAGAUGAAAUUAGAUAUUGGUAUUUUUGACUUUCUCAUAUUUUUACUGAACUUUUUUCUCUCUGUGCAAUAAGCUGUAGGUAUUUGUUUGGGGUAAUUUAUGCUCAAACUGGUACAUUUCAGGUUUUGUGCAUAGUGUUUUUCCAUGAAAAAUUGUGAAUUAUACUUCAUUUUCUUAACCAACCAAAAUGUAUGCAGCACAUGUGGAUAAAUGGUUUUGGUAGAAUUUGUCUUACAUCUCUGAUAUUCAAAUUAACAUUCAAAAGUGACAAAAGUUGGGGAUUUUUGUAGUCAGAAAGCAUUGUUGUAAACGAGGGAUAAGUUUUUGUGUCUUUGAAGGAAUGCUUAGAGAAAUAUUAUAAUAUUUUGUAUAGUGUGGUAUGUUUUUGUCUCAUUUGACUAAGUGUAGCGAACUAUGUGAGAGGUCUUUGGUUUAUAAUAAACUUAUUUUUAAAAGAAA